CCUCCAGCCCUCUCCGCGUUCAGAUUCAGUUGCACCUUUUAUUAUUUUAACUCUUCUCCCUAGGACACGCGGCCUUGGGAUCUGUCCCUCUGGCAUUCGUGAUCCCGGCUCCCUCCCGCUGGGAUGGGAGAGCGAGGGACCUGCCUGCGGUCCGCCGGCGUGUGCCCGGAGGUGCAGCAGCCGCACCCGCUGCCCGGAGUCUGAGGACGGGUCUCCAGAAAAAGAAAGGCAAGUCAGAGACAGGUGGAUAGACUGGCUAUGGUGACAGGACGAUGUUGGCUAGAAAGAGCAUCAUCCCCGAGGAGUAUGUGCUGGCGCGCAUCGCCGCGGAGAACCUGCGCAAGCCGCGCAUCCGCGACCGCCUCCCUAAAGCUCGCUUUAUCGCCAAGAGCGGGGCCUGCAACCUAGCGCACAAGAACAUCCGUGAGCAAGGCAGGUUCCUUCAAGACAUCUUCACUACCUUGGUGGACCUGAAAUGGCGCCACACGCUGGUCAUCUUUACCAUGUCGUUCCUCUGCAGCUGGCUGCUCUUCGCCAUCAUGUGGUGGCUGGUGGCCUUUGCUCAUGGAGAUAUCUAUGCUUACAUGGAGAAAAGUGGAAUGGAGAAAAGUGGUUUGGAGUCCACUGUGUGUGUGACUAAUGUCAGGUCUUUCACCUCUGCUUUUCUCUUCUCCAUUGAGGUUCAAGUGACCAUUGGAUUUGGAGGGAGAAUGAUGACAGAGGAAUGCCCUCUGGCCAUCACAGUUUUGAUUCUCCAGAACAUCGUGGGUCUGAUCAUCAAUGCAGUCAUGCUGGGCUGUAUUUUCAUGAAAACAGCUCAGGCUCACAGAAGGGCAGAAACUUUGAUUUUUAGCCGCCAUGCUGUGAUUGCUGUUCGAAAUGGCAAACUGUGCUUUAUGUUCCGAGUGGGCGACCUGAGGAAAAGCAUGAUUAUUAGUGCCUCGGUGCGCAUCCAGGUGGUCAAGAAAACAACUACACCUGAAGGGGAGGUGGUACCUAUUCACCAGCUGGACAUUCCUGUUGAUAACCCAAUUGACAGUAACAACAUUUUUCUGGUGGCCCCUUUGAUCAUCUGCCAUGUGAUUGACAAGCGCAGCCCUUUGUAUGAUAUCUCAGCAACUGACCUUGCUAACCAAGACCUAGAGGUCAUAGUGAUUCUGGAAGGAGUGGUUGAAACUACUGGCAUUACCACACAGGCAAGAACCUCCUACAUUGCUGAGGAGAUCCAAUGGGGCCAUCGCUUUGUGUCUAUUGUAACUGAAGAGGAAGGAGUAUAUUCUGUGGAUUACUCCAAGUUUGGAAACACUGUUAAAGUAGCUGCUCCAAGGUGCAGUGCCCGAGAGCUGGAUGAGAAGCCUUCCAUCCUUAUUCAGACCCUCCAGAAGAGUGAACUGUCCCAUCAAAAUUCCCUGAGGAAGCGCAAUUCCAUGAGAAGAAAUAAUUCCAUGAGGAGGAGCAACUCUAUCCGAAGGAACAACUCAUCCCUUAUUGUGCCGAAGGUACAAUUUAUGACUCCAGAAGGAAAUCAAAAUACAUCAGAAUCAUGACAGUCUUUUAUCAAGUGUUGAGAUGCUUCAGGCAGGGCACUAUAGGACUGUAUUAGAGCUGGAACAUAGUAAUUUGUCCUUUUACAUCUUAAUGCACUAAAUGAUAUUCAUAUUCAAACAAUAGCACUUUCUGUAUCAAUAAAACAGUAACACAC